AAGGAGAGUGUGGAGCAACGUCGAGCGGCAACCACGUCUCAGACACUGGCCAGUCAUCGCCUCGUCAAGGUGUGCACCGAUUGUUGUUCUCCUUAUCUUGCCCAGGCCUCUACAAUCGGCGAAUGUCUUUUUCGCUCUCCGUGUGAUAGACGUCCGGUUCCACUUUGCCGAAUAAAAUUCGCUGGGAGGGAAACACAAACAAACCAAACAAACAAAUAGGAUUUUAAAGUUUCUUAAUUAUAAUAGCCCCGGUUCGUGUGUGUGUUGUGUGUGUGUUUGUGUUUGUGUGUGCUCGAGUGUGUUUUUUGUUUUGUUUUUUUCUUCUCCAACCCCGUCAUGGAGUUGUUUGAUCGCACUUUUAUUUUACGUUCGCCAACUGGACGACUGUGAAAAUUGCCCUUGUAAGAUAAAAAGAAUAACAGUGGACAAAAGGGAGUUGCCAAGGAGCCAAAGGGAAUUUUUGGCGAGGAAGCCAAUGAACAAAACGACGACGCGUACCCCCCUAGGUGGUGUGAUGGACUAAUCUAACACCUCGUGCGGUACAAUAGUCAAACUGCAGGCCGUUGCCAGACAAAAACAUAUUUUUUGUGGGGAGGGAGAACCGCCUACUCUCUACAUUCAGUGGUCGUCCAUUCAUUUCUGCGGGUUUCUUAUUGAAACAAUUGACAAUUUGUUUUUAUUUUCGGAAUUUUUGAAAUUCCGGUUGAUCGUCUUGUUUUUCGCCCGCCUCACGAUGGGUGAAUCUGUGGUGGAUCAACUCGACGGUCCGGCAAGAGAGAAGGAGGAGGAAAAAAUUGCAGGCCACCGCCCAGGUCUCUGGUUAUCAUCAGUGGUCAUCCGAGUGUUAUUGCUCUUAUCGCUCCCUGAUCUGGGCGGAUCUUCUUCGACAACCAACCGACUGCCCAAUUUCCACGCGACAGAAGUUAUAGCUCUGGUCAGGGGCGUGGCCGAACUACCUUGCGAUGUGACUACUCCCGAUCCUGAAGAUCCCGUUCGACUGGUUUUGUGGUACCGCUCCGAUUCCUCGACGCCAAUCUACAGUGUCGACACGAGAGACUCGGAUUUCGGUGUGGCCGAGCAGUGGUCCGGCGGCGAAAUUCUUGGGCAGCGGGCCACCUUCCGGGCGGAUCGCCAUCCAGCCGCCCUCAUCCUGACCAACGUCAAAGCCAAAGACGAGGCAUCGUACCGCUGCCGCGUCGACUUCCGUCUGGCUCAAACCCGCAACGCCCACGUCAACCUCACCGUCAUUGUUCCACCGAGACGGCCCAUCAUCGUAGCCAAAGAAGGCCAGCUGACCACCUCGUCUACGCUAGCUCCCAUGACAGCCGGCCAAGCCCUUUCGCUCUCCUGUGAAACAUCCGGAGGGAAGCCGCUGCCGCGUCUGGUGUGGUUGCGGGACGGCCGCGUGAUCGACGACUCGUUCGUGACGACCUUUGAGAACACGGUGCGCAAUGACCUGUGGUUGCCAUCACUUGACCGCAGUGAUCUGGACGCCACGCUAACCUGCGAGGCGUCCAACUCCAACUUGACAAUGCCCGUCUCGACCAGCGUCACCAUCGAUCUUCACAUGCCUCCGUUGAGCGUCCAGCUAUUGGGAGCCGAUCAACCGCUGUCGGCCGGCAAGGAGGUAACGCUGACGUGUUUGGUCCUCGGCUCCCGGCCGCCGCCCGUCCUCACCUGGCAACUGGACGACCGCGUCCUUAGUGAAAUGUCCGCCCAACCGACGCCGACGGCCGGUUGGAACGAAACCAAGGGCGUCAUCCGGUUCACCCCGAUGGUGGAAGAUCGCGGCAAACGACUCAGUUGCCGGGCCAAAAACGUCAACAUUAGCCGAGUGACUGAGACGGGCGUCGUCGUCCUCGAGCCGCCAGCCGGACAACACCACAGCGCCGGUUACUUUCCCGAGCACUACAAAGAGGACGCCAAACAUCUCGUCGUUUACGCUCGGCCGGAUGUGCAGCUGACUCUCGGAUCCAAUCUAAUGGCCGCCAACAUCAAGGAGGGCGAUGACGUCUACUUUGAUUGCCGAGCCUCUGCCCUGCCACCCGUGACGCGUCUCGAAUGGUUUCACAACGAAAAGAAGCUGAGUCACAACAUUUCGGUGGGCAUCAUCACGACCAACCAGAGCCUGGUGCUGCAGCGCGUGAGCCGCCACAGCGCCGGUCGCUACCGAUGCUCGGCAACCAACCGUGAAGGGGAAACAGAGAGCGACGUCUUCCAUCUCAAUGUCAAAUAUGCUCCGUUCUGCCGGCCUGGCCAGCACCGAGUGUACGGCGUGGCGCGUCACGAGGAGGCCCGCAUCAGCUGCGACUUGGACGCCAACCCGUCCGGCUCGCUCCACUUUCGUUGGCUGUUUAACAGUUCAGCGGGCGUGAUCGAGUUGCCAGCCAGCACGUGGACGGCCGAAGGCAGCCGAAGCGUGGCCCGCUACCUGCCCAGCUCCGACCUCGACUUUGGCAGUCUCCUCUGCUCCGCUUCCAACAGCAUCGGCCAGCAGGCUGUCCCCUGUCUCUACCACGUUAUUCCGGCCGACAAACCGGACCCGGUGUCCAACUGCAGCGUGAGCCACCAGUCGUCCGAGUCGCUGCAGAUCGCCUGCAGCGAAGGAUUCAGCGGCGGAUUGCCGCAGAAUUUCCUGCUGGAAAUCUUCACGGCCGACGGGGCGCUGGCCGGCUCGGCGCCCGCUCCCCAGCAGGAGACCUCGUCGCAGCGGCCCUACCUGCCGGCCGAGCUCAAGACCUUCAACCAGACUUCCAUGAAGCCCGUCUUCAUCGUGCGCGGGCUGGACGCCGACACGACCUACGUCGGCCAAGUCACGGCCGUCAACGCCAAGGGCCGCAGCGAGUCGUUCGUCGUCCGCGUCGUCACGCUCCGCCCGCCCGAGACGCAGAAGAACGUCGGGCCGGGCAAAUCCGAAGUGGAUCCACCUCGACCGCAGCCGUCGUCCAGCAGCCAAAUCAGUCCGCUGGUGGCCAUCAUCACCGGUGUCAUUUCGGCCCUGUUCCUGCUGGCCUCGCUCCUGGUGGUGGCGCUGCGGCUCCAGUGUCGCCGGGCCCAGAUGAGGGCGGCCUCGGCGGCGGCCGUCGUCAUGUCGGCCUCGUCGGGAGCCCUUUCCAGCGGGCAUCGAGGCUCAGUGGUGGGCGGGGCGUCCGGCGGAGGCUCCGAGACCCUGCUCCUGGUCAAAUCGGAACAGCUGCACUCGACGACGACGCCGCUCUUUAGCAACUCGACCGACUCAGACGAUCGCAAUCCCGAUCUCAUUCCUCAUCGAGACGACGGUGAUCGUCUGCAGCCAACGGCCGUGAUGUUGACGACGACGGCAGCGGGAGGUGGUCCCCCGCUGGCUGCCAUGUUGACCGACUUGCCUCCGCACUUCUGCACGCGCCAAUUAGGCGUUACGAUGAUGGGCCAGGGCUCCUCAGCCACGCUCGGUCGCGGUAAAACCCGAUGGAGAGGCGAACAGGACGAAUUUGUGAGCCAGUCGCUGGUUCACGUUUCGUCGACUCUGCCGCGGCCGCCGCGACCUCCGUGGACCAAUUCCAGCAACCACCACGUCGGCAGCAGCGUGCAGCGCUUCAACGUGACGGCCCCGCCCUCGUCAGCUUCCUCGGCGGCAGCCGCCGCAGCGCUGGCCGCCAGCAAGAAGGAGAGCUCCGUCUGAAUGAUUGAAAGGAGAGAAAAAAACCCCCAAAAAAGCGGAGCGAUAUAUAUAUUUUUCUUUCUCAUCUAUUCGUUAACAGCAAAAAAAUAAAAGGGCGAGAGAUAUAGAGAGAAAAAAGAAAUAAGAAAGAGAGAGAACAAUGUGCAUGAUUAACGACCCGACUGCAUUCGGUUUUCGCCCAUCAAGCGCAACCGGCGGAAUCGUUUCUUCCCAAGUUCUUUUCUCCACACGACCUGCUCCCGACCGGUUGUUUCCGUUUCUCUCAUCUAUUUCUGACCCACCUCCCCUCCAUCACCAUCGGCUGCGCCAUGUGUAUACAAUCCGCAAAAAAGCAAUCACAGCAAAUAGUUAAUAGUCUGUCUGACGCGAUCAAAUCGAUGACACAGCCAGAGACUCUGUUGUUUUUAUUCCAUUGAGUUGUCCACACAAGAAGACGAAGACGAAGACGGAGAAGAAGACGAAGGUAUAAUAAUAGGAAAACCAAAUAAAACAAACAAACAAACAAAACAAAAAAAAAGAACACGCUUAUAACACAUAUGUAAUACACCGUAACGUCAACUGCAGCACUCACGGCAAAAAAGUUUGGAACGGAAAAAGUUCGUUGCCAUCGUGGGAAAAUGUCAGGAUUGAACGACAACCGGUUGACAAUUAAAAUGACGCAUUCACGGGCAACACGAACCAAAUGUAUGAUUUGUACAAACAAGACAAAAACUUAACUUGUAUACAUACGGUAGCGCCACACACAAGUUAUGAAAGAAAAAAAGAAUAACCAAAUUGAAAUGAUCUCGUCGUAUUUUUGUUGAAUUGCUCAUUCUUCUUCCCCCCCUAUAGCGUGCGCUGUCUUUGUUAUCAAACCAUUCCCGUCUCUCAACCUUAAUUUGUCUUUUGUUUUCUUAACUGGCCCAUCAAAAAAGUGCCGCAACCAUACGUGAAUAAUAUCGUGAAAAGAAUUUGAGUUUUUUUUUUCUUUUUUUAAAAAUAAUUACCUGCGAGGCCCCGUGAAACCAGUUUUGUCUCAUCUCAUAAACACCGGCUAGAAUACGGUACAUCAUCAACGUCUUUAGAUUGUUCUCUUUUUUAUUAAAUUCCACAAUUCCCCUGUCAAAAAAAUAAAAUAAAGUCCUUCCCCUCCCUCUCCCGUUCCCAAUCUAAUAAAAAUAAAAUUCAACAGUUGUUUGAUGUAAUCGUUCAUCGUACCGUUAACGGGCUCAGCGGCGGCAAUCUGGCGGAACUCGCCGCGAUGACGGAAUGAUGAUGACGAAAAAAAAAGAAAUGAUGAUACCAAAGGCGUGCAAAUGAUUAUAAAUAGCGAAGGGAAAGAUACAAAUAUCAUUGAAAAUUUGAAAUAAUGGCUUCCUGAUGAUCAAACAUGAAAUUUUGACAAAAAAAAAGAAAAAAAAAUUGAUUGUGCAUACUUAACUCGAUUGUCAUUUAAUGGGUCUCUUUGUAACUUUGAUGAAACAUUUCUUCGUUCAAAAAAUAUACAACACUAUACGGUAUGAAA